CCUGGAGCUUGCCUCUGGUGGGCCGGGAUUACCUGGAGACCCUCUCUGCCUGGUACUGCAGCUUUGGCAAGUGCUGCAACACAGGAGACUGCCGAAUAGUCAACAACGUCACGGGGCUGGAAGCAGACCUCAAUGAGCAGCUCCAUGGGCAGCACUUGGCCAAAGAAGUCAUCAUCCGGGCAGUGCGAGGGUUCCUGCAGAGCCCGCGGCCAGAGAAGGCUCUGGUCCUCUCCUUCCAUGGCUGGUCUGGCACAGGCAAGAACUUUGUGGCUCGGCUGGUGGCCAGUCACCUGUACCGGGAUGGGCUGAAGAGCGAGUGUGUCAGGGUGUUCAUCUCACUCUUCCACUUUCCCCACCACAAGCUUGUGGACUCAUACAAGGCUCAGCUGAAGAAGCAGAUAAGCGAGACUGUCCAGCUCUGCCAGCAGUCGCUGUUCAUCUUCGAUGAGGCAGAGAAACUUCAUUUCAGCCUCCUAGACGCCAUCAAGCCCUUUAUGGCUCACCACGACAACCAGGGCCAGGUGGAUUACCGAAGAUCCAUCUUCCUCUUCCUCAGCAACCUCGGUGGCAACACCAUCAAUGAGGUAGCCCUGGACUUCUGGCGAGCCGGCCGGGCGCGAGAGGAGAUCUCCAUGGAAGUCCUGGAGCAGCGGCUGCGGCUGGAGCUGCAGGAGCCUGCAGAGAGCAGUUAUGCCCGCAGCCACCUCCUUGAAGAGAACCUUAUUGAUUUUUUCGUGCCAUUCCUGCCCCUGGAGUACCACCACGUGAAGCUCUGCAUACAGGAUGCUUUCCUGGCCCGUGGACUUCCGUAUACUGAGGCAGCCCUUGAUGAGGUGGCUGGGAUGAUGGUGUUUGUCCCCAAAGAAGAGAAGCUUUACUCUGCACAGGGCUGCAAAUCUGUAUCGCAGCGCAUCAAUUACUUCCUUCCCUGA